UCAGACAAAUUCAUGGAGCCUCAAAGUCAGAAUUUGAAGACAACACCAUCAUUGUCUUUAGGACGAUUUCACAUUUCUGAAGAUUAUGGCUUUCUUCUUCCAAACCCUCUGAAAGAACUUCCGGAUCAUUAUAGGCCUUGGAUGGAAAUAGCCAACAAACUUCCUCACUUGAUUGAAAGUCACCAGCUUCGAGCUCAAGUUAACAAGAUGCCCCUCCUGAGCUGCCAGUUCCUCAAGAGCCACCGGGAACGGCGACUGGCCCACUUGGUCUUGAGCUUUAUUUCCACGGGCUAUAUCUGGCAGGAAGGAGAGACAAAGCCCGAAGAGGUUCUGCCGAGAAAUCUUGCCAUUCCCUUUGUUGAAGUCUCCAGGAACUUGGGGCUCCCUCCUAUCCUGGUCCACUCAGACUUCGUGCUGACAAAUUGGACCAUGAGGAAUCCAGAAGGACCCAUGGAUAUCGGGAACUUGGAUACCAUCAUCUCACUUCCUGGGGGAGAAAGCCUGCGUGGUUUUAUACUGGUGACUGUUUUGGUGGAGAAAGCAGCAGUACCUGGGAUUAAGGCACUUGUUCAGGCAGUGAAUGCCAUCAUGCAGCCCAGCCAGGACUCCCUGCUUCAAGCUCUGCAGCACCUGAGACUCUGCAUUCAGGACAUCACCAGAACCUUAGGACGAAUGCAUGAUCACGUAGAUCCAGACGUAUUUUAUACAGUCAUCCGGGUCUUUCUCUAUGGAUGGAAAGAUAACCCAGCAAUGCCUGCAGGGUUGACAUACGAAGGAGUCUCCAAAAAGCCCCUGAAAUACUCUGGAGGGAGCGCAGCUCAGAGCACAGUGCUUCAUGCCUUUGAUGAGUUCUUAGGCAUUCGUCAUAGCGAGGAAAGUGCUGAUUUUCUACACAGCAUGAGGGACUACAUGCCUCCUUCCCAUAAGGCCUUCAUAGAAGAAAUCCGCUCAGCUCCUCCCCUGAGGGACUAUGUCCUGUCCUCUGGAAAUAGCCAACUUCUGACAGCCUAUAACCAGUGUACGGAGGUGCUGGCAGAGCUGCGCAGCUAUCACAUCACCAUAGUGGCCAAAUACCUCAUCACAGCUGCAGCCAAAGCAAAGAGCAGGAGACCAAGCCAUCUCCCAGGGCCCCCCCAGGCCUCAGAACAGAGGGGCACGGGUGGAACUUCAGUGCUGAGGUUCCUGAAGAGCGUCAGGGAUAAAACGUUAGAGGCCAUCCUCCACCAGCGUGGUUAAGAGACUGUGCUCUCCCCAGCAAGGCAAAACCAGCAAACGCAUUUCCGCUCACCCUCUGCCCCACUGGAGGGCAGGUGGGCCUGGAGAAUGAGGGUCUGAGUUCUGUCUGGAAUCGUCUGAAAGAGACCGCAGCCCUGUUCACGUUCAUGCUCUGUAGAACACCAUCUUCUCCUUUGUUGAGAGCUAUUAGUCUUCACAGAGAAUUUUCAUGGCCAGAAACUUUCCUUUCCCUGCCUGAUUGUUGGUUAAUAGCAAAGAGCUUUGGGCACGCUCCCUUUCAGAACCCCACAGAGCAGCGAGUGUACCCCUAUUCUCUUUACAAAGGGAUAGAAAAGCACUCUAAGUUUCAAGAACCAAAUAAAAUUGCUUGUGGACAGAUCACUUUGUUGAUUUCUUGAAAAAGCAACCUAAAUAUUCAUGCAUUCAUUCAUUCACUUAAC